AUGCGUGAUGAAUUUUAUUAUGCUGAGUAUGAUAAGAAUUCUCCUGAGACGCCCUUAAGUAGAAAACCAAGAAUAGAUAUAAACCUUCCAUUUUACGAGUGUAGGUAUGAUUAUUCUUUUGCCGGUUCUUGCAAUGGUUUAAUCUGCAUCGACUCAUGGCAUAACGAUAGGUUUGGACCUACUUACAUCUUUAAUCCAGUCACCAGAGAGUAUAUUACUCUUCCAAAAUUUGAAGGGAAUUACUGGUGGACUGGAUUUGGUUACAUUCCUUCGACCAAUGAGUACAAGGUUGUUAGGGUAUAUGAUACCAUAAAUGUUAGAACUAUCCAUGUAUACACUCUUGGGAGUAGCAAUGGAUAUAGAAAUGUGGGAAAUAUGGAUAGGAUGCCGUUUUAUAGAAAAUAUGCUGGUGUGUUUGCACAUGGAGCUCUUCAUUGGGCAGAUGACGAAGGAACCAUUCUUGCCUUUGAUCUAACUGAUGAAAAGGGUUUUAGGCGAUUUCUAAGUGAUACUUACUGUCGUGAUGCCUUACAUGGUGAAAUAUGGUUGUUGAAGAGGAAUAAAGAUAAUUAUGAUGAUUUGAGAUGGAGUAAAGAGUUUAGUUUCGACAUUUGCACAUUACGGAGUUCACCGCCAUUUGGGUUAAUGAAGAGUGGUAGGCUUCUAUGCUAUGAGAAUCACAAGAUUUAUGGUUAUGAUACAGAGACAUCAUCUGCCAUAAUGGAUGUGGAUUUUGGCAAGUCUAUUACUAAUGCAAUCCCUCACAAGAAUACUUUAGUUUCAUUAAAGAUAUUAGGAGAAAAAGAUGCAAAAACAAUGGAAUCUGGUGAAAUAGAAAGUUCAAGUAAGGAGACAGAAACCAAUGAUUCAAUUGAAUCUGGUGAAAGAGCAAGUUCAAGUGAGGAGACAGAAAACAGUGAUUAA